AUGCCAAAUCAUACCUUAACAAGCUGGCAGAUACCACACUACACCGUUUAUUUACUCGCGCCUUACAUCAUGAAUGUGUUUAUUUCAGGUGAAAACAGUGCUACUCCACAAGACAAUUGUUCUGAAACUUCGUCCCGUUUGGAAAAGGAAUGGUCUGAAUUUCGGGCCAGAAUUUCACAAAUUGUCCAAAGCAAAUUUUUUGAAUGGUUUAUUUUGUUCGUCAUUACAAUCAGCAGUAUUUGUUUGGUAAGUCGUAUAAAUAUUUGUAAAUAAUUAUAAUGGAUAACAGCUCUAUCAGUUCUAAAUUGUUCUUUCCAAAGGUCAAGUAGGGUCAUUGUUACUACAGGAAGAAACUGGAAUACCUGGAGAAACCCUGGAGAAACCCGUGUGACUAUAAUAAUACAACUACAAAUUGCAGUAAUGGAUAAAAUUCGAUACCUAUAGACAGUGACAGCAGGCCUGGAAAAUAUGUUUUCUCCUCCUGGCAGCAAAAUCCAAAAGUAAAAAUUUACUGUGCAGGUCAAACAGAAAACGUUCUGCAGGGGUAGAUCUCAGCGAACGUAUGAUGCCUCGCAGUGUGAUAACCUUCAAUCUCGGCACAAGAUAAUCUUGACUUGCAAAAUGCUUUUGUAAACAACAAGUAAAUUAUUCGGUGUUCCAGUGCAUAAGACGACAAAAAUAUCCUGCUGGAAGAUUUCCUGCGAAGAUAUUUUGUUAAAAAUAUCGGUGCUGCCGGGCAUUUUCCAGCAAGGCUGGGCACAAACCGACAUAUUUCAUGUAAUAUUUCAAAUCCUCCUAUGAGGACUGGACUAGAUUUCAAGUCCGUGCAUUUUGAUCAAGUCGGGGGCUGCCUCCUCCGCAGGCCCUCGUUGCGUCAUGGGAAGGUCACGAUUUCGAGAGGGCCUGCGGAAUCUUGUAAAAUGAAUAAAUGUUGUUUUGAACCUGCUUCGUUAAAGAAGGCAGUUUUAUUCGUGCAACGUUGGUGUGGACAACAAACCUUAUCGUUAAAAAAUGCUUCCUUCCACGUCCUAAGAGUCGCCAGUUUAAUUUAUAAGUUUCACACCGCUUUUUUAUAUCUGUUUAUAUUCAAGAUUAUGUAUAAAUUUACUUGCUGACGUGACGCCGGCGCCAUUUUUUUUACAAGAUUCCGCAGGCCCUCGCCAGAUCGUGACCUUCCCAUGACGCAACGAGGGCCUGCGGAGGAGGCAGAGUCGGAGGAGAAGCCGAGGACUGGAUCAAAAUGCGAGGACUUGAAAUCUAGUCCAGUCCGGAUUGGAGGAUUUGAAAUGACAUCUCAUGCGAAUAAAUUACUACUUAAUUAAAUUUUGAUCCAGUCCAAGGACUGAAUUAAUUUUGACCCAGUCCUAGGACUGAAUCAAUGUAAUUCACCAAGUAUCCAGUAUUAUCAUGUGAGCAAAAUAAAGCAAUAUGGUUGGCUAGUUUACUCAUGAAUUAUUAAUGAGUUUGAGAUACAUUUUUCAUGUCUUUUUUAGGCCUUUGAAGAUAUUUAUCUCCGCGACCACAAGGAUUUACAACACAUUUUAUAUUGCUUGGACAUCGCAUUUGUCGUGAUCUUUUCCUUGGAGUUUCUUCUCAAGUUGAUUGGUCUUGGUUUUAUUCGAUAUUUCUCAAACGGUUGGAACUAUUUGGAUCUAGGCAUUGUCAUAGUAAGUAACCUCAAACAUGGUGGUUCUGUGUAGGUAGUAUUUAUUCUACAAUAACCUGCCGUGGUUUGUGUCUGAACUGCCUGAAAAAGGUAUCUCAAACGUGAUGGUCCAGUGUAGGUAGUAUUCUACAAUAAGCUGCUGUGGUUUGUGUAUGAACUGCCUGAAAAAGGUAUCUCAAACGUGGUGGUCCAGUGUAGGUAGUAUUCUACAAUAAGUUGCUGUGGUUUGUGUAUGAACUAUCUGAAAAAGAUAUCUCAAGCAUGAUCCAGUGCAGGUAGUAUAAUAUUCUACAAUAAAUUUCAAAAGUACAGAUUCGUUUUACUAAUUUUGUUGGUGUUUAAUUUAGAUAUCCAUUCUUAGUCUUACCGUCCGUUCAGAUUUGGCUGCUUUUCGCUCAUUGAGAACAUUAAGAGCACUAAGGCCUUUACGCGCCAUUUCUCGUUUCGAAGGUUUGAAGGUACGUUGAAGUUCCAGGAUAAGAUUUUUCAACUUUUCUUUUAAAUAUGGACUUGUAAAAUAUUGACAGCGGUUAGUACGUGUGCCUUUCAUUUUUGCUACCGAGUUGUGCGGUUAUCAGAGGCAUUCACCCCCCUGAACUUCCGCUAUUUUUAAUAUGUUUAGGGGGGUGAAUGCCUCUCACAAGCGUACUGCUAGCUGGGACCAUGGCGAUAACAUUGCAACGGUUACGCCAAAAUCAUAGGCGAAACUAAGAAGUCGAUCUUAUUCUGUGACUGUACUUUACAUACUGUAUUGUUAUAUCUUGUUUAGAUAGUCAUAGGCUCUCUAUUCAGUGCAAUUCCUGGCAUUAGUAAUGUUCUCUUGGUUGGUCUGCUCUCCUGGUUAAUAUUCAGUAUCAUGGGCGUACAGUUGUUUGGCGGCAAGUUCUACAAGUGCAUCGACUCUAGUUACCAGGUCCUCCCGGUCGCUCAAGUUCCCAACAAGACCACGUGUUUAGAGAAAGAGUUUCGCUGGGAAAAUUCCCACAUGAAUUAUGAUAAUGUUCUGAAUGGUUUAGUUGCCCUGACGCAAGUGGUAGGUUUGUUAAAAAGUUUGAAAAAUAUAUAAACUCUGUCUUGUUUGGUUAGGAUUCAAUCAGAAUUUUGGGUAUCUACACUCGACAUAACUAAUUAACAAUUAGAUUACUCGCUCUCGAUUUCUAUGAGGUGAUAGUAGAAUCAGAGAUCAAACUAAAAUAUUCCACAAUAUUCCAUAAAAUAUUGCCAAGUGUACCAGGAAAAUGAUUGCUUUGCUACUCACUAUCUGUCGAGGAAUAGAUAGCGAGUAGAGUAGCCAAUCAAAUUACAGCAUUUGCAAUAAUAUAUACUAAUUGUAUACAACCUCUAUAAUUAAUUAUAUCGAAUGAGAUACCCAGAAUCCUGAUAUUUACCCAUACAUCUUACAUUGGCAUCACCUUAGUAUGUAUACAUGAACAUACGGUUAGAGGUCGACAACUGUCUCUCUGUAGCUCAGUGAUAUUUACCCAUACAUCUUACAUUGGCAUCACCUUAGUAUGUAUACAUGAACAAACAUACGGUUAGAGGUCGACAACUGUCUCUCUGUAACUAACAUGGUUAGAGGUCGACAACUGUCUCUCUGUAGCUCAGCUGGUUAGAGGUCGACAACUGUCUCUCUGUAGCUCAGUUGGUUAGAGGUCGACAACUGUCUCUCUGUAGCUCAGUUGGUUAGAGGUCGACAACUGUCUCUCUGUAGCUCAGUUGGUUAGAGGUCGACAACUGUCUCUCUGUAGCUCACUUGGUUAGAGCUCGACAACUGUCUCUCUGUAGCUCAGUUGGUUAGAGCUCGACAACUGUCUCUCUGCAGCUCAGUUGGUUAGAGAUCGACAACUGUCUCUGUGUAGCUCAGUUGGUUAGAGAUCGACAACUGUCUCUGUGUAGCUCAGUUGGUUAGAGCUCGACAACUGUCUCUCUGUAGCUCAGUUGGUUAGAGCUCGACAACUGUCUCUCUGUAGCUCAGUUGGUUAGAGCUUGACAACUGUCUCUCUGUAGCUCAGUUGGUUAGAGCUUGACAACUGUCUCUCUGUAGCUCAGUUGGUUAGAGCUUGACAACUGUCUCUCUGUAGCUCAGUUGGUUAGAUCUCAACAACCGUCUCUCUGUAGCUCAGUUGGUUAGAGCUCGACAACUGUCUCUCUGUAGCUCAGUUGGUUAGAGCUCGACAACCGUCUCUCUGUAGCUCAGUUGGUUAGAGCUCGACAACUGUCUCUCUGUAGCUCAGUUGGUUAGAGCUCGACAACUGUCUCUCUGUAGCUCAGUUGGUUAAAGCUGGACAACCGUCUCUCUGUAGCUCAGUUGGUUAGAGCUCGACAACUGUCUCUCUGUAGCUCAGUUGGUUAGAGCUCGACAACUGUCUCUCUGUAGCUCAGUUGGUUAGAGCUCGACAACUGUCUCUCUGCAGCUCAGUUAGUUAGAGAUCAACAACUGUCUCUCUGUAGCUCAGUUGGUUAGAGCUCGACAACUGUCUCUCUGUAGCUCAGUUAGUUAGAGCUCGACAACUGUCUCUCUGUAGCUCAGUUGGUUAGAGCUCGACAACUGUCUCUCUGUAGCUCAGUUAGUUAGAGCUCGACAACUGUCUCUCUGUAGCUCAGUUGGUUAGAGCUCGACAACUGUCUCUCUGCAGCUCAGUUAGUUAGAGAUCAACAACUGUCUCUCUGUAGCUCAGUUGGUUAGAGCUCGACAACUGUCUCUCUGUAGCUCAGUUGGUUAGAGCUCGACAACUGUCUCUCUGUAGCUCAGUUGGUUAAAGCUCGACAACUGUCACUCUGUAGCUCAGUUGGUUGGAGCUCGACAACUGUCUCUCUGUAGCUCAGUUGGUUAGAGCUCGACAACUGUCUCUCUGUAGCUCAGUUGGUUAGAGCUCGACAACUGUCUCUCUGUAGCUCAGUUGGUUAGAGGUCGACAACUGUCUCUCUGUAGCUCAGUUGGUUAGAGCUAGACAACUGUCUCUCUGUAGCUCUGUUGGUUAGAGCUCGACAACUGUCUCUCUGUAGCUCAGUUGGUUAGAGCUCGACAACUGUCUCUGUAGCUCAGUUGGUUAGAGCUUGACAACUGUCUCUCUGUAGCUCAGUUGGUUAGAGCUCGACAACUGUCUCUCUGUAGCUCAGUUGGUUAGAGCUCGACAACUGUCUCUCUGUAGCUCAGUUGGUUAGAGCUCGACAACUGUCUCUCUGUAGCCCAGUUGGUUAGAGCUCGACAACUGUCUCUCUGUAGCUCAGUUGGUUAGAGCUCGACAACUGUCUCUCUGUAGCUCAGUUGGUUAGAGCUCGACAACUGUCUCUCUGUAGCUCAGUUGGUUAGAGCUCGACAACUGUCUCUCUGUAGCUCAGUUGGUUAGAGCUCGACAACUGUCUCUCUGUAGCUCAGUUGGUUAGAGCUCGACAACCGUCUCUCUGUAGCUCAGUUGGUUAGAGCUUGACAACUGUCUCUUUGUAGCUCAGUUGGUUAGAGCUUGACAACUGUCUCUCUGUAGCUUAGUUGGUUAGAGCUCGACAACUGUCUCUCUGUAGGUCAGUUGGUUAGAGCUCGACAACUGUCUCUAUGUAGCUCAGUUGGUUAGAGCUCGACAACUGUCUCUCUGUAGCUCAGUUGGUUAGAGCUCGACAACUGUCUCUCUGUAGCUCAGUUGGUUAGAGCUCGACAACUGUCUCUCUGUAGCUCAGUUGGUUAGAGCUCGACAACUGUCUCUCUGUAGCUCAGUUGGUUAGAGCUCGACAACUGUCUCUCUGUAGCUCAGUUGGUUAGAGCUGGACAACUGUCUCUCUGUAGCUCAGUUGGUUAGAGCUCGACAACUGUCUCUCUGUAGCUCAGUUGGCUAGAGCUCGACAACUGUCUCUCUGUAGCUCAGUUGGUUAGAGCUCGACAACUGUCUCUCUGUAGCUCAGUUGGUUAGAGCUCGACAACUGUCUCUCUGUAGCUCAGUUGGUUAGAGCUCUACAACUGUCUCUCUGUAGCUCAGUUGGUUGGACCGCUGCACCGGAGGGCCGCAGGUUCGAUUCCUGCCAGAGGGUCUAUAGUUGCAUCCUGGUUAAGGUCAUGUUACACGGUGCAAUUUUUCUUGCAACUUGCAAUGCAAUCCUACUCUUGAGAGAUGUUAAUUAGUGAAAUCAGUGAAGAAUUUUCGAUAUGUUGAGAAAACAUCAGCGGAGUGUAAUGAAGACUCGUAUUUGGCAAUUUUACAUCUCUCAAGAGUAGAAUUGCAUUGCAAGUUGCAAGAAAAAUUGCACCGUGUAACAUGACCUUUAGGUCUAAAUAAAUGUAUAAAAUUUACACUCGAAAUUUCCGUCUACAAAACCCUUGUCCAAUUCAUUCUGACUAAUUCAUGAAACUUGCAUUAUUAUAACUUUCAGGCAACUCUAGAAGGUUGGAUGGAAAUCAUGCGAGAUGCUGUCGAUGCCACGGGGGUAGGUUUUUCUUGGCUUGUUAUUACUGAUAAAUGUAUUUGUUAAGUUCUGCCGAAACUGUUCUUCUUGCAAGUCCGUAAAACCACGAGUCUAGCCUCUUGCAUAUAUCUUGCAUGAUAUUGCAACUUAAUUUGUCGGCGGAGGUAUGCAGUCUCCCAAUGCUCCCUAUGUCUCUAUAUUUUUGUUUGAAAACUUCAUUCCUCUCUGCUAUAGGUGGAUAAGCAGCCGAUACCAGAGAACAACCUCUCUGCAUAUUUAUACUUUGUCGUCUUUAUAAUCCUUGGUUCGUUCUUUGUUCUAAACCUGAUUGUGGGUGUGAUCAUUGACAAGUUUUCUCGCAUGAAACAACUAUAUGAAGACACUGGUUCCACUGGCAUCUAUCUGUCUACUCAGCAGAUUGAUUGGUUAAACACGUUAAAGAAAGCUGCCAGCAAGAAACCAAGCAGAACUGCUGAGAGACCAAAGGUAGAAUAGACUUUAUGCAUAAUGACGUCACAAGGCUUGAUGCCCGUGAGGAAUGCUGGUCUUAGUAGUCAUCGCCCGGGAAAAUUUCGAUAGUGGCCAUUUUGAAUUGUUUAAUUUUCGCGGGCGAUGACGGCUAUUGACUUACUUAUACACCAAGGCUAUAUUAUUUAUCGGUUAGGUAUAUUUUGAAAUUUUCUUAGUUGUGUUACUACAUUCAAACGUUCUUCGUAUCUUAUGAAUGUUCUUUACUGCAUUCCUAGAACUAUUUUCGUGGCAUUAUCUUCGACAUUGUGACGAAUAAUUAUUUUGAAAUAACGAUCAUAUUCAUCAUUGGGUUAAAUAUGGGAACGAUGAUGCUGCAACAUUAUGGUCAAAGUCAACAUAUGGAUGACGUUCUUGAUAUCCUUUUCACAUUACAUAUUAUUAUUCAGCUCACUUCGCAUUGGGGCUUUUCAGUGACCGAUUACAUCAAGUAUUACGCUUAUGUUACUUAGCUUAAGCCCGUUUUCCACUCACGUAUUUCCGGCGCCGCUGGAGAAAAAUUUCGCCACCGAAAAAGUUCAUUUAUUGUUCUUUCGCGCCGUCAACGAAAUUAGGUCAAACAGUUGAAAAUUUUAAGCAACUGUAGCAGGAGAACAAAUUUCUUCAGCGGCGAAUGAAUGUAAAAAAAUGAUUUCUUUGUCAAAAUUUUUCGCCAGCGGCGGCGAAAUACGUGAGUGGAAAACGGGCUUAAGGCUAUUUAUCUUUACAACAAUUGUGAUAUUACUUUCCUAACUGUGUUUUUGUCCUAAUCCACCCUUCCAACUUUCCCUGUGGGAGGAAACCGGAGCGCCCGGAGAAAACCCACGGCGAGAAUCGAACCCACGAACUUAGAGGUGAAAGGGGGAUUUGGUGAAAUAUCUUUUUUUCCUGACAGAGGAGGUGGGAUUAGUGCCAGGGACGUAGCGAAGAUUUUGUCGUUUCAGUUGGGGAGGGAGAGCUGUCAAAUUAUCUGAUUUUCUAAAUUACGUCUUACUGUACGUGACCUGAAAUGUUGGCGAGAAGAUCUCGUAGUUUAAGAAGAUUAUUACAAUGCCGGAUCAUGCAAACAGCCCCUACUCCUCAUUUAUACCAGUUUUCAUUCCUUAACCAUAAAAUCACAUUUCUUAAAUUAUUUCUUCACGGGAAUUUUUAUCGGAGAAGCUAUCGCAAGAAUUACAGCUCUUGGAACGUUUUAUUUCCGCGUGGGUUGGAACGUCUUCGAUUUUCUCGUCGUUGUUUUAUCUGUUGUGGGUACGUUAUCUUCAAUAUUUCUAGAAGCCGAUUACUAUGAUUAAAAUGGUAUUGGUUUUAUGUCAAACACUAUAUCAAACAUGAUAAUGUCACCUCGGUCAACCGUAUACGAGAAGAGUGCUUCCAGUUUGACUCUACCAAAUAGCCCUAACUACAGCUAUCUAGUUUAAAUGCACUUUUAUAUAGGAUGGCCUUACUGGGCCUUUAGGGAGAACAGUGUAUUACCGAAAUCAGUAGAUGUCUUUUCCGGAAGUUGAAAAGACAGUCAGAAGCCAGUAGAAACGUUCAUGUUUUAUGACGUCACGGUGAAGGAAUGCAGCGUGGAACUUGUAUGUUAUUUUACUUAUUAGUAACUUUAUUUAGUUUGACAAAUUGCCAAUGGCUCGCCAAACACAAAACAAGCUUUCGAGCAAAGGGAGAACCUUUGUUCGUGGGAAGGCACUGGGAGAAGAAAUGCAAACUAAAUAAAGUAACUAAUAAGUAAAAUAACAUACAAGUUCCACGCUGCAUUCCUCCACCGUGACGUCAUAAAACAUUUUCAACUUCCGGAAAAGACACUCCACUGAUUUCGGUAACAGAACUGAUAGAGCUAUCCACAGCUGCGGAUUGAGAAGGAUACAACUACCUGAAAAAUUAAUCAGAACUUCGACGUUUCGAGCGAAGAGAAUUUAGUGAUAUAAAGCUAUCCAUGCAGUAUAAAUGAAGUUAGUUUAGUUUAGGUUUCCUUCUGUAGUAACACUGACCUGCGAGGGAUGGUCCUUACUGGACCUCUAGCGAGAAGAGUUUAGAACUGGCAGAGCUAUCCAGUAUAAAUACUCUGAAGUAGUUCGUUCAUAAGAUAAUCUUCUCUUUCUCUUUCUCUAGGAAUCUUAGUGAUAGAGCUAUCCAUGCAGUAUAAAUAAAGUUAGUUUAGUUCAGGUUUCCUUCUGUAGUAACACUGACUUACGAGGGAUGGUCCUUACUGGACCUUUUGCGAGAAGAGUUUAGAACUGGCAGAGCUCUUCAGUAUAAAUACUCUGAAGUAGUUCAUUGAUAAGAUAAUCUUCUCUUUCUCUAGGAAUGUUACUUGAAGCUCUGAAGAAAUUUGAUUUUGUCAAGCUCAGUUUAUUGCGUGGUAUCCGAGCAUUUCGAGUCACUCGACUUCUCAGGUUUAUAAAAGUAGCUAAGGGUAUUCGUAAGUUGACCUUUGCCUUCGUCCUAUCUCUUCCCGCGCUUUUCAACAUCUGCUGUCUGCUCGUGCUUAUCUUAUCAAUCUACGCCAUUGUCGGAAUGACUUCGUUUGGCUUCGUAAAGAAAACGGGCGCUUUGAACGAUGUCGUGAACUUCGAAACGUUCGUGCGAAGUUUCGUGCUCUUGUUUCGUUUAAUGACGUCAGCAGGAUGGAAUGAAGUGUUGGACUCGCUUAUGAUCCAGUCCCCUGACUGUGACCCGUAUUACCUCGGUCUGAGCAAUGGAAAUUGCGGUAGACCUUUAUUUGCACAAUUUUAUUUCGUCUCGUUCGUGAUUAUAACCCAUAUAAUCUUAGUCAACAUGUACAUUGCAAUAAUAUUGGAAAAUUUCAACAGAAUUUACAAAAAAGCUAAAGUUGGUAUCACGGACGAUGAUUUAGACAUGUAUUAUUCAAAAUGGGCGCUCUACGACCCAAAGGCCACCGAGUAUAUUCACUUCGAGCAGCUAUCGGAAUUCGUCGACAAACUUAACCCGCCAUUGCGGGUGCCCAAAUCAGGGACAGGUGGGGUUGAGACUAUGGAUAUUUCUCUGAGAAGCGGUGACAGGGUACACUGUUUAGACCUACUCCAUGCUUUGGUGAAACAUUUAGUUUUGAAAGAGUUCCCAAAAGGUGGUGGAGGUUAUUCUGUGGUUAUGGAAAGACUCGAAGAGCGUUUCAUGAAAGCUUUUCCAAGGAGGAACCUUUAUGCUCCAGUUUCUACCGUGAAACAGAAAACCCGUGAGAUUAAAGCCGCACUGAUCAUACAACGAGCUGUGAAGCGAUUUAAAGCCAGCAAAGAGAGGGCGAGAAUUGCUCAGAAUGAAACAGAAACUCAGAGGUUUGGCCAGAUUAGAACAGAAACACAUAGUUUUGUUCAGAAUGAAAGAGAAUCUUCAAAUUGUUUUCAGAAUAAAACAGAGACUCGUACCGCAAAUUUAAAUGAAAGCAGCGUAGCUGUACAUCGUAGACCUGUACAUGAACGACCAUUAAAACGAAACAGCUCCCACACACUGACGAUUCCACCAAUUAGAACAGUUCAGGUCGAGUCCCUCGCGCGAACUCAUAAAGUUUCAGAGGAUCUGUCAUUAAACAGUGUCAGUACUGAUAAUUCGAUGUAAUAUACUUUAGAAAGCAUGUUGUAUAGUGUGUUUUGUAUUUAAAUAAAAAUAGAACAAAUUAUAUUUAAUUAUUUUUAAAUUAUAUAAUUGUCUAAUACUUGGUUUAGUAAAGGUGUUUGAACUGCUUAAAGAAAGAUUAAGAAAUAAAAAAAACUUUGGAUGUUUCGAACAAAGACCUGACGAAGGACCUUUUAAUGAAUAAAUGUUAGGCCAAUGAAAAUUGAUAUCAUGUUUCUCGUCCCCGCCCGCAUGGGAUUUAUCUGCCGCACGAAAAUUUUUCAUUAUUCAUUAUUUUUGAAAAAUUGGCUUAAAAAACACCAAAUUCAUCUCCAGAUCAAAGUCUUAUUGCUGCAUUCCGCAAGCGCAACUCAAAUUGUAUCUUUCUAAAGAUAUUACUCGCCAGAAUGCCUCUAUUUUUUAUGUCAGCCCUGGUAUGUGUAGAAAUAUACUGUAGUCUGUAGACUGUAGUGUAGGACGUAUUAAAUUAAAAUGAAUUAUACACCAAUUUUUAAUACUUCAGAUUUUUAUGGGGGUUUUUACUGGGUCAAGGAAAUUAUUGACAAGAAGAAUUCAAAUACAAAAAAUAAUGAAAAAUGAAAAAAUCCCGCUCCAAAUUUUUGAAAAUUGUGGACGAGAAACAUGAUAUCAAUUUUCAUUGACCUUAUUGGUCGAAUACUAUUCAUUAUUUGGUGACUAAGGGAUACUUGCAGCGCAAUUUAUGCAAGAAGUUAACCUUCUUGAAAGCGGUGUUACACGUCACACAUUAAAGUUAAGCCGGUUACAGACGAGCACGUUUUCAUAUGACAAGUUUUAUUUGCUCGUGUGUAUAGGCAACUUUGGUGUGUACGUACAACAAAGUUUCUAUGAUAAUUUUUUUGUUUUCUGAUCACCAUUCGCCACAAUGGCUAUUAUUAGCUAUGACAAUAACAGAUCACUGGACAGGCAAACAAAAUUUGUACUUUGCCAAAUUUUUCUAUGCCAAGUGCACUUGUCCAAAAGCUAGCACUAUCUUUUGAACAAGUCUACUUGUCAUCGUGACAUUUUGACCUCUGCAUUUUGACAUUAUUUCUUAUUUCAACAAUUCCUUUCAACUGCUCACGCCGGAGCCUGGGCUCUAAUCUCGUUCGGCAGAAGCCGCCAUGUUGGUACGGUAAAUUUGUAUGGCGAAAAUCAAGAAUAUUCACCGUAUUUUUUGCAAGCCUGGUUGGUUUUAGUGGUUCUACUAUAUGCCAUGAUGUCCACGUAAGUUUUAGUUAAAGAUUUGAAAUAAUUUACUUCACCUAAGGCGUGUUUUGAAUUGUGUUUUGAUGAUAAUUUUAGGAUCAAUUCGACGCCGGCAAAUAAACCUAUUGGUGUAACAUCUGCAAUUAGCACUGCUGGACCCAAACCGGAGGUAGUUUUAAAGGCAAAAGCUGCGUUUUUAUAACCAUGAAAGUUGUAUGUUUGUUGGGUGUAAAAAUUGGUUGUAAUUUUGGCGCUAAGUCAAGUGCAUUGUUUUUUAGGAUAUAAAACAGACGGAGAACAUUGAAAAUGUUUUGAAGGAAUAUGGUGUGUUUGAGAGUGAGGAGGAGUUACAACACAGGUUUGUGGACCCUUUAGUGAGGUUUAAAAUGAUUGGUAUAGCUUGUUGUUUGGUAUUGGCCAUUUGCCAAGUCCAGGGUAAAAUUUAUCAGUAACAAUGCUUCCUAAGGUAAAAACAACCUAAAGGUCAAUUUCUGCUGAAAGGUCAUAGGCACAGAGUUGAUACCGUUGAUUCAACUUGGCCAAAAACCUGUAACUGCUGUCACACAAUGAUUCACCAUUGAACUGAACCAUGUUCUGAGUUAGUGUGCUUACACCAAUCAUCUGGAUUGGCAGGGUUUAAUCAUCUGGAUUGGCAGGCACCAAAGAUUUGGAAUGAUAUGAAUGUAGGAGUUGGCACCUCACUUUCAGAGGAAUUGAAGAAUUUAUAGACGCUUGCUGGCAUCAUCAGCGUUUCGCAGGCAAUUUUGCAGACACCCCCCCCCCCGAAUUAAAAGGGGCUAGUUUCGCCCCUGCAUUCAUUGCCCUGAACAUCCAUCAUUUUGAAUGUUUUCACGAGAGUGAACGCCUCUCAUAAGCCACCUGGCUACAUACCCCUCUCCCCAGUCAGUGUUUAGUCAGGCAGGUUCUAUUUAAAAAUUGGGCAAUUUACUUGGCUUGCCUCGGUAUAAUGUAUUUUCUCAUGAUACCAAUGUAUCUACUAUAAUUACUAUAAAUAAUUGUCUAUAUUAAUCACAUCUGUUAAUAGCAGAUAUGUAUUCCUUCUAUUUACCUUCAUAAACUGAUGACGAUGUUGUAGGGCCCUCGUUGAUACCAGUGAUACAUCACUGAAGAGGUUACCCUACGGAAAUAAAUAUGAUUUGAUUUGCAAUUUUCAUUAACAUUGUCCUUCCCAUAUUUUUUUACCCAUACACAUCUAUGUGAAAGCUUAUAACCCAUAGUGUACACCGAAGAUAUAUGCCAAUUUUUAUUAUAGCUACUAUUAUAAUUUACCAAACUUAUACAGAGGAUAUUAGAUGUUUAUAACUCUACUUUUUACAGCUUUGUAGAUUGCCAACCCUUGUAUAAUCUUAAUGCUAUUCUUUAGGAUGGUUGUUUUAGCCAAACUUCAUGAAAUUGUUAAAGAAUGGAUAAAACAACAGAGCUUAGAAAAGGUUGGUGUAUUGUGCAGUUUCCUCAUGGUUUGAGGACUUGUGUGAUAUAUUCCACAAAUUCUUGACAAUGAUUGACAUAUUUUUUCUUGUAGAAUAUUCCUGAAAGUUUGAUAGACCAAGUUGGAGGAAAAAUCUUCACAUUUGGUUCAUUCAGACUGGGAGUUCACACACAAGGUAAUGUAUGGGGAUCUUCCUGUGAACUAAACAAGCUUUUGUUGGUAGAUGCAACUACCUGAAAAAUAUAAGGAGAAUUUCGACGUUUUGAGUGAAGGCCCUUCAUCUGGAGUUACCUGUACUAGCUUCCUGUAAACCCCUUUUUCACCCGACCCCUCCCCCCACCCCUGGGCCAUGUUAGAUAUUGGUCAUAUUGUAUUGCAUUCUAUGCUGCAUGCUUGUGUAGGUAAAAGCAUAGUUUCUCAUGCAAUUUUGAAAAUAGCACAUAAGCGAGCUUUUCAAAAGCUUAUAUUUUGGGAGAAGGACAAGUAACAAGUUGUGCAAUGAAAUUUCCAGGUGCGGAUAUUGAUACACUGUUAGUGGCUCCACGUCAUAUCACUAGAGAUGAUUUCUUCAGCAGUUUUUAUGAAAUCCUGGAAGAAAAUGAAGAAGUUAAAGAAUUACGGGUAACAAUUGUGGAUAAUGCUGAAAAUAGUAUUAGCAAUAUGCCAAGUAUAUUAUUAGCUCAAUGUAAUUAUGCCCUUUGCAUGUUUAGGCAAUCAAGGAGGCAUUUGUUCCUGUGAUCAAAAUGGAGUAUUGUGGAAUUGAAGUAUGUUGUAUAUCAACUAUUAUGUUGUAUGACAUAUUGCUGUGUAUAUUGAGAUGUGUACAUUUUUGUAAUUUAGAUGGACUUGUUAUUUGCAAGACUAGCACUGGCUCAAGUACCAGAGAAUCUUGACUUGCUUGAUGAAAGCCUGCUUAAAAAUUUGGAUCCAAAAUGUGUCAAAAGCUUAAAUGGUAAAAUUUCUUAGUGUUAAAUUCAGCAUCUCAGAAAUUACUCUACCUCUAUUUAGAGUAUCAUGAUUGGGUUUUUGUCAACCCAUUGAGUGGUAGUGCUCUGCCCUUGACAAAUAAAAUUGUCUGGCAUUAGACAGACUCAUUUUUAUUCUUCAAUGUAAUUGUUGAUGUACUGUAAGUUAUGCACGAUAUUGACACUGGUUAUUUACAUGUGAAAAAAAGCUGUUAAAUUAACUUAAAUUUCUUUUCAGGUUGCAGAGUCACAGAUGAAAUCCUGAGACUAGUCCCCAACCACAAAUCAUUCAAAUUAACCCUUCGAGUUAUCAAACUAUGGGCAAAAAGUAAUUCUUCACAGUGUGAAGCAUUUAAUUUGUAAUUUAUGGAUCUUGUUCAGAGUUUAAAUUAUUAUUUUCCUUGUUCUUAGAGCAUGGUAUAUAUUCAAACGUUCUUGGGUUUCUUGGUGGUGUCUCAUGGGCAAUGUUGGUUGCAAGAACUUGCCAACUUUAUCCAAAUGCAGUACCUUCAACUCUUGUUGAAAAAUUCUUCUUAGUAUUUUCUAAAUGGUCAGUUGAACUGCUUUGCUUUAUUUUGCAUGUUUCUCAUGAUUUUAUGAAAUAUUUGUUGACUUCUCAUGACUGAGGGUUAUUUUCUCUCAUUCAUAGGAAAUGAUGACAUGAAAUAUAAAAUACUUGUUGAGUUAAACAAAAUUAUGAAGGUUUCCUAUAUCUUUUCAGGAAAUGGCCAAAUCCAGUUUUAUUGAACGAAUUAGCGGAUGAAAACAAACUUGGGUUUCCCGUUUGGAAUCCCAGAGUAAGCAAUUUUAUCUGUUAGGCAGACUCACUGACCAACUGAUUGCCUGCAUGUCUGUAUGAGCAGUCGUUCAACCGACUCGCUGACUAACUGUUUGAUUGAUUGAUUCGCCAAUUGACUCUAUGUUUGACAGAUUCGGUGACUGACUAAUGAGUUGGGUGGCGAAUGAACCAACUGGCAAAUUGAUUGACCAAACAGAACAGCUGGGUGCACACAUCCUCCAGACUGGUGAUAACUUAUAUCAAAUUGGAAGCACUGUAGAAGAUUUAACUAGUAGGACUACCAGAAAUAUAGUUGUAUAUUCAUGUUGUUGAAUCUUCUACAAUGCUCACAAUUUGAAUCCUUGCUACCUAACAUGCCUACCAACCAUUCAAGAUUGUUUAAAAGGUUCUGUAAAGAACACUAUGAGAACAAACUAGCUAGGUCAACUGAACUAAACCAUUCAAAGAUUAUAUUAGGAAUUUUAAUUUUUUAGGUAUAGGUAUAGGUUUAAUAUUGUGUUAUUGUAAUGUAUGUCUGUGAUGUCUGCAUGUAAAUAAUGUAUUAAUGUAUUCUUAAGAGGAACAGUCUGGAAACAAGUGGUAACUUUAUCUGUUAAACCUUGUUAAAUAAAUGUUACAUUUCACUGACUAAGAGGUUCAUUGUAUUUUCUAGAUAACAGCCACAGAUGCAUAUCACUUGAUGCCGAUCAUCACUCCAGCAUAUCCACAACAGAACUCCACAUACAAUGUUUCAGGUUCCACAAGGAAGAUAAUGCAAGAUGCAUUUGAAGAAGGUGCAACACUAAAGCCUGCACAAAUGAGACGAGCAAGUUUUUCUUGACAAGUUUUGUUGCUUGUGUUCACGGAAUGUUGUUAAACAUUUAUCUCACGUCAAGAUGUUGUUUGCCAAAACCAGAAGUAUAUCUUCUACACUUGUCAAGUUUUCCUUGACAGCUGUACAGAAGAACAAAUUUUCCUUGUCCAAAAGCUGACCUGAUUAUCUUGGAAAAACAAGGCUCCUUGGCAAGGGAAAAUUGCCAUACACACGAGCAAAUACAACUUAUAAACUUGCUUGUCUGUAUAAGGCUUAAAUUUAUAUAGUUCAUUGAACUCGGUCCUUGAAACUCAGGUCGGCAUUCGGCAAUGCCGACCUAAAUGCCAACCUGCAAAGCGAUAUGUGUAGAUUUAGGUCGGCAAAAUUUUGCCGACCUAUUUUCAAAUACGUCUCGGCAUUUUAUCCGCGAACGCAUCUUUUGAAAAGUAAACUUACGUGUUAAAAUCGUCGAGCGUCAAGAUUUAAGUGAAAGUACAGUAUAUGGUAAUAAAGUAGUGUACGGUCUGUUACAACAUUUGGUCACAACAUGCACUGUUCGAUUGGAGUUAAUACUGACAUACAUUUUGUUAGUUGUUUUGUUUGCUAUUGGCAUUGAUUGCAAUUAAUUGCUGUUUAUAAAUACGCGUAUUUGCAACAAGCAAAUUAAAUUUUCAUUUGUAUAUUGUCUAUUUGUUUUCAAAAUAUUUCAGUGCCGACCUAGAUAGAGAAUUAUCGCUUUUAGGUCGGCAAUUUCUUGCCGACCUGAAAUUUCGGGAGUUUCAAGGACUGUAAUUCAUUGUAUGAAACUACUAGUAGAAUUAAAAAUGAACCCACUUUGAAAAAUUGUAGUUACCUCCACUAAGGCUCUACUAUAAUGAUUAUUGACCUCACAUCUAUGUACAGUAUACAGCUUGCCCUGGUUUUUACAUUUCUAUGUAUUUCUCUUCAUGUAGGUUUUAAAACAGUGCAGAAAAUUUACCUUGGGAAAGCUGAUUGGCAUGCACUCUUCAGUCCACCUAAUUUCUUCCAGAAAUACAAGUAUGUUGUUACUGUAUUAAAGAGUACAGAGAAGAUCUAUUUUGAGAAUGGUUUUAUGUUCUUUGUGUACAAUUAUGCAAAUUGCCUCCCUAACAGAGUUCAAACAGAACA